CUCGGCGUCACUCGAAGGGUCAUGACCUGAGGUACCUCGGGGUGCGGCGGCUGAUUGUGCAGGGAGGCUGGGCGAGGGGAACCAUCAGUGUUGCGAUUGACUAUUGAAGAUGUUGUCACGACUUAAUUUGGCUGUGAGGCCAUGGGUAUAUAUAAGCCGUUGUGUCCACACAAAGGAGAUAGGAAAGCCUCUGAUGUUGAGCCCCAGAACAAAUAAGGGCAUGGCAUUCACAUUACAAGAACGACAGAUUCUUGGCCUGCAUGGACUUCUACCUCCUAAAAUAGAAACACAAGAAAUUCAAGCAAUGCGCUUUAAACAGAACCUGGAAAAAAUUUGUGAUCCCCUAACGAAGUAUGUGUAUGUGAUGGGAAUACAGGAAAGGAAUGAAAAGCUAUUCUAUAGGGUUCUGCUUGACAACAUUGAAGAGUUGUUACCAAUUGUUUAUACCCCAACAGUAGGCUUAGCCUGUUUACAGUAUGGACACAUCUUUAGAAGGCCAAAGGGCGUGUUUAUUUCCAUCAUGGACAAAGGUCAUGUUAGAUCAAUUCUUGACAACUGGCCAGAUACAAAUGUAAAGGCUGUAGUUGUAACAGAUGGAGAACGGAUAUUGGGACUUGGCGAUCUAGGUGUUUAUGGGAUGGGUAUACCAGUUGGAAAGAUGUGCCUAUAUACAACUUGUGCUGGAAUUGAUCCCCACAGUUGUCUUCCUGUUUGUAUUGAUGUGGGCACUGACAAUGAGAUGCUAUUGAAAGAUCCUUUUUACAUGGGUCUUUACCAGAAGAGAGACCGUUCCCAGCACUAUGAUGAACUUAUUGAUGAAUUUAUGGAAGCAAUUGUAAACAAGUAUGGUCGCAAUACCCUUAUUCAAUUUGAAGAUUUUGGGAAUCAAAAUGCCUUCAGAUUUUUGAGGAAAUAUCAAAAUAAAUAUUGUACGUUUAAUGAUGAUAUUCAAGGCACAGCAGCAGUAGCACUGGCGGGACUGUUGUCAGCCCAGAGAGUGAUUAACAGACCACUUGGGGAUCACAAGUUUUUGUUCCUAGGAGCUGGGGAGGCAGCCCUAGGAAUAGCUGAUUUGAUUGUGCUGGCCAUGAAAGAAAUUGGAAUAUCAGAAGAGGAAGCUCAGAAGAAAAUAUGGAUGUUUGACAAAUAUGGCUUACUUUAUCAGGGUCGAUCAGAGCCAACUGACAAGCACCAACAACCGUAUGUCCACACCGCACCUGAUCAGAAAAUUGAGACGUUUCUGGAUGCAGUUAAUACUUUACAGCCCACUGCUAUCAUUGGGGUAGCAGGUGCUGGGAGACUGUUCAGCAAAGAAGUGAUUAAUGCUAUGGGAAGGAUGAAUGAACGCCCUAUAAUUUUUGCACUAAGUAAUCCGACAAAUAAAGCUGAAUGUACUGCCGAGGAUGCAUACAAUUUAACUGAGGGAAGGUGCCUUUUUGCCAGUGGUAGUCCAUUUGACCCAGUGACUCUGCCAGAUGGACGUGUAUUUCGACCAGGACAAGGAAAUAAUGCUUAUAUCUUCCCUGGUGUGGCACUGGCUGUAAUUCUUGUUGGGGUUCGUACUAUCAGCAGUCACGUUUUCUUGACAGCUGCAAAGGCACUGGCUGAGCAGGUGACCAAUGAUGAAUUAGCCCAAGGGGGCCUUUAUCCACCACUGUCUCAGAUCCGUAAAGUCUCCAUUCAUACUGCAGCUAAGGUUGCAGACUACUUGUAUGCAAAUGGGAUGGCAUUCGAGUUCCCAGAACCUGAGGACAAAGAAAAGUAUCUUCUGUCAAAGGUCUGGAAGACGGACUAUGAGUCAUUCCUUCCAGAUGUUUACGAUUGGUCAGAGUCUGCAACAAGACUACCUAAGUUGUAGUCCUAUGCUAUGUUUAAAAGUUUUCUUCUUAUCUGGUUUACUAAUUAUAGGAACGUUAUCUGGCUGGCAUCAGACCACUCUUCUUUAAAUUAUCAAACUUACCAAUCUCCUCCUUUUUGUAUCUUGCAAAUUGAUUUUAUUAACUUGAUCUGUUUUUCACCUUUCAUUGGUCAAUAUUCAUAGGAAAUAUUCAAUUUGUAUCUAAAGAAAGAACUUUGUGUAAAUGGUUUUCAUUGUCUGAGGAUGUUCCAAAUUGUUCUGUGUCAAAUACAGUUACCAACUUGAAAUACAGAUUUCUCUAAUCUUUAAUCUGAAAGAUGGCCCCUCCAACAAAGCAGGAGUGUCUCAAUCUGUCUCAUUUUGUGUGCUAAAAUCUUAAGUUUCCAGGUACUGGGCCAAGUUCAGUGUUGCAGUACCUUGGCAUGAAUUUACAAAUAAAAAUAUUCUCUCGCCUUUUGGAAAUCUGUAUUUUCCUGGUAAAUCAUCAAAAAAGCAUUAGUUAUGACACUCCUUUCCUCUUAAAUUCUACAUCUCUUCACUAUAUGUUGUGUGUAAGGAUGGCAAGUGUACAAGAAAUAAUGACAUUUUCUAAAACUCUAAACUUUGUAGUUCAAAGAUAUACCUGAAGAUUCUGAAUAUUUUUACAUAUUGAAUCAUAUUUUGGAUACUAUAUGCAGAACUCAAAGGACAGCAAUGUCAGGAAAACAAGAUUAAAAACAGAAAUUCUGGAAAUUCUUGGAUCUCGUGACAUCUGCAAGAAGUAGUAGUAAGCUUCUCUGUUCCAGUCUCUACCAAUGUUGCCUGACUGAGAAUGUUUAGCAUGUUCUUUCCAGAUUUCAGGUAUUUUACUUUUGUAUCAUGAAUUAAUUUGCAGUCUGAUAUUUGAAAGGGAAAACAAGAGCACCGCUUUGGUUGCCAUGAUUUUUUUUUAAUGAUUCUGCCAACAGAUGCAUAAUUACUGUUAAUGUGCUGGCUGAUCCCUUUUUUGCAGAUUUCUCAAAUGAUCCUGUCCAUUGUCUGGGCCUACCUCACAGUACACUUGACAUGCUCCUAAAGGAACUUUCUGAUCUAAAUCUUUGGCUUAAAAUAUACUUUUACCUAAUUCAUUAUCUACGAAUGAAAUUAAAAGUAAGAGUUCUUGAGUAGUUGCUAAGGGGGAUGCUAGAUUACGGGGCAGUUAGGUCUGUUCCACUUUUAAGUUGGUGUAGGUAGCUAUUCUGCAAAGGCUAAAUCUUUAUACAAUGGAAAGGAUGGCUUUAGGUGAAGUUGGAAAAACUGAGAAUCCAUACGAGGCAAAUAGCAAUCAAGGAAAAUGUUUGUAAUUUUGCAUGUGUUGUACCUCUUUGCUCUAAAUCUGCACGAGCUCCUAGUAUCAAUUAAAUGGGAUUAAUUUGAACUUACCUAAAUGAUAGCAAGCUAGUCACUCAUUUAAACCUUUAGUGAUUACCUCUUCCAUCAUUUGUUGUUUGCCUGACAACCUGUAGUUAUCCCGAUUUCUGGUCACUUAGAAAUCCUGGAGCUGUUCCAAAGAAUUGGGCUAGAAUGGUAUUAGUAUACUUUGUGGCUGUUGAUUUGAGCCGGUUGAAUGUACCUGCACCUGUGAAGUGUAGAUGUGUAUUUUUGAGACUAGUAACUUUUGAAAUGAAUAUGGCUGUAAUACCUUUUUGAAGCUUAAACACAAUUGUGCUCGGUGAUGUCACUGUUUAAAUAAAUAAUGGAAAGAGAAAUAGCUGUAUACGAGAGAAGCGAGAAAGGUUCUCAAAGCACUUUCCAAUUCAAAUCCUGCCUUUAAAUUAUUUAUUUUUAAUAAAUAGGACUUUGUGAUCUUAGGAAUAGUUACCUAAAACUUUGUCUCUGGUUUAACCAAAACAUUUAUCAGAAUGGAAUGCACCGAUAGAAAUGCCUGGCAUAUGGUAAAGAUUUUAUUUAUUGAUGAUCAGUGUUAACUACUUGACACCAUACGUUUUUUUUUAAACUAUGAUUCUUUAUUCCCUGCCCGGUCUUGGAAUGUAGGCUUUGUGAUUUAUCACCUUUUCUUCAUGGAAUCUUUACAUUGAACGCGAACUACGUAGGCAUAUUCCUGAUGGUCCAUGUGUUAUGUAUUGGUGUUUGUCUGUAAUUGCUUAUUACUGAAAUAAUAAAACAGUCUUUUCAA